AGUGGUGCGCCGCUGUGUGGAAAGGGGCGUGUCCUGACAAGGGGCGUGGGCGGUGUCAGUGUGCUGUGCGCGGACACUCUCUCCUUCAUUCAUCCCGCUGUGGGACAUGUUGUACUGAGCCGUUCUCCCCCUUCAUACGAAGGAGAAUGCUGCGGGUGUGCAGGAAGGUCCGGGCGGCGACGCUGGCUCAGGAAUGCCUGCGUAUUAAGACUUCACUCCACCCCCUGCGUGAUGGCCGAGCGUACUCCACUGAAGCCUCUGGACCCUCAGCUGUGAAAAUUGUCGGCGCAGGGCUGCUGUUUGCCGGAGGUGGAGUUGGGGGCACACUACUUUACGCCCACUGGGAUCCAAAGUUCCGUGAAAAUGUUGGGAAGUCCAUACCUUACACUGACAAACUUUUCGAUCUUGCACUAGGACCUCCACCCUACAGCCUGCCAGUGCCUAAGAAACCGCAGGGGAAGCCUGGGCCCUUACAAAUCUCCUCAGUUUCUGAAGUAAUGAAAGAAUCCAAGCAGCCUAAGAAACAGACAGAGUCACCACCAGCAGCCAGUGCACAAGCUUCAUCGCACGCAGCACAGAUUAUUUCUGCAGCCGGUGAUGCCAUUUCAGUCCCAGCUCCUGCUGUGCAUGAAGAGGAAACCUCCAAGGCACCAGAGGCAACGGAGCAUAAACCACAACACCAUGGGAGCUCAGGUACUGAGCAUUGUAAGGAGUGUGAGCAUGAGGAUAAACCCCACCUGAAAGAACGGCCUCCAGAGGAGGUGGCUGCACGUCUUGUCCAGCAAGAGAAGAAAGAGAGGGAGAAGAUAGACUCUAUAGCUGCAGUCUUGGAGGAAGCACUGAGUAACACUGCCCGGGUCACACUCCAAACCAUCUCAUCCCAAGAGGCUGCAGUGCAAGCGGUCAACUUCCAUGCCCAGAAACUGCGAGAGGCCAUGGACGACGUUCAGGUUCCUGCAGAACACAAGUCCUUACAGUGGAGGGAUUUGGAGGAUGCCUUGAAGGUGCGCAGCAAAGCUGUGGAUGAGGCAGCGGAUUCUCUUCUCAAAGCAAAGGAGGAGCUAGAACGGAUGAAGGGUGUUAUUGAUGAUACCAAAAAGAACAUCGUGAAUGGAGCGAAGCCGCACAUCAUUUCAGCUGAAGAGAACCUCCAUCGUAUGAUCGUGGACCUGGACAAUGUUGUUAAUAAGGUACAGGCAGCCCAGUCAGAAGCAAAGAUCGUGGCUCAGUACAAUGAACUGGUGGCUGUGGCACGUGAAGACUUCCAAAAAGAGCUGGACAGUGUUACCCCGGAGGUGCAGACUGGCUGGAAGGGCCUCAAGAUUUCCGAUGUAGCUGGAAAACUCGGCACCGAGGACCUGAACUCUCUCAUCGCCCAUGCCCACCGGCGCAUCGACCAGUUACACAAGCAGCUAGCGGAGUUCAGGGUGAGGGAGAAGCAGCACAUCGAGGUAGCUAUAGAGAAGCAGAAGCUGGAGGAUAAGCAAGCCCUGGAGUCUGCAGUGACCAAAGCCCUGGAGCAUUACCGCACCGAGAUCCAACUGGAGCAAGACAAGAAGGUAGAGGAGGUGAGGGAUGUGAUGGAGGUGGAGAUGAGAACACAGCUACGCAGACAAGCGGCCGCACACACAGAUCAUCUGAGGGACGUCCUCGGUGUACAGGAACAAGAGCUGAAGGCAGAGUUCCAGCAGAGCCUGUCGGAGAAGCUGUCUGACCAAGAAAUGCAGUUCAGGCGUCUUACUCAGGAACAGCUGGAUGGAUUCACUCUGGAUAUCAACACGGCCUACGCCAGGCUGAAGGGCAUUGAGCAGGCUGUGGAAGGGCACGCCGUAGCUGAAGAGGAGGCCAGAAAGGCCCAUCACCUCUGGUUAUCCAUUGAAGCUUUACAGUUUGCGCUGAGAACAGCGUCUGGCGAAAGCCCCACCGAGCCAUUGGAGAGUGCAGUACAGGGGAUCAAAGCCAGCUGCUCCAAUAAUGAAUUCACAGAAGCCCUGACCUCUGCGCUGCCUCAAGAGUCCCUUCACCGCGGCGUGUACAGCGAGGAGGCCCUCCGAGCACGCUUUUAUACCGUCCGUAACCUAGCCCGCCAGGUGGCCCUCAUUGAUGAAACCAGAAACAGUCUGUACCAAUACUUCCUCUCCUACCUGCAGUCUCUUCUCGUAUUUGAACCUAAGCAGGUAAAACCCCCAAGCGAGCUGACCUCCGAGGAUCUGGACACGUUCAAACUGCUCUCUUACGCCUCCUAUUGCAUCGAGCAUGGCGAGUUAGAGCUGGCCGCUAAGUUUGUCAAUCAGCUGAGAGGAGAGUCUAGAAGGGUGGCUCAUGACUGGUUGAAUGAGACCCGUCUGACCCUGGAAACCAAGCAGGUCAUAAGUAUCCUGUCGGCGUACGCCAGCGCAGUCGGCUUGGGCACCACACAAGUACAAUGAUGGAAAGGGAAGAUUAAAUGAAGUCAGAAUUGUUGCAGUGUUGAAUCCGAAAACCCCUUUUUGUCACACAGAGAAAAACUUUCAUUUAUAGAGUGCCGGAUGCUGAGAUGCAGCUGGGGCGGCCAUUUUGCAUAUAGUGACCAGUGCGGAGCAAUAUUUAAGGGGUCAGCCCAAUAAAUCGGAGAUAUUUCAGAUCUAAA